AUGAUACACUUAGACAAAAAGUUUAAAGGUACCCUACAUUCAGUAGAAUGCUAUGUCGAACAUUUCUCACCGACGAGCCUACCAAUCGAACCACUGGGUCAUAGUGGCACGUGGACGUCAUGCGUUCACGUUUUGUUGACUUUGAAGGAGUCUUUAUCGUUAAAAAAGGAAAUUUUACCGAAAUCAAAAGAACCAAAAGCGGAAAAAAUUAAAAGACCAUUUUUCUUCCACAACAACGGCCAACUAUGGUUUCCAUGGCCUGGAGUAGAAAACGAUACCGUGCAAAUGUCUCAGCAACAUUUAUAUGAAGAAAGUGGAAAGAAGCCAAUUCAUUUCAAUGCAUACACCACCUUUGAAAAGUGGUACUACUUUUUUUAUAAUCCUGGGAAUGAUGGGAAGCAGGUGAUCAGAAUUGUGAACCAACGAAAACAAUGUCAGUUAAGGUAUCAGGAAGGGACCCCUUACGAUUCAACAGCUAUAGCUGUUAUUAUGAGUGCUAUCACCAUUAUAAAAGAAAGCUCGAAUAUACCAAAAGGAGGAGUGCUCAUGCCAGGUGCUGCUUUUCAUAAAACUGACCUAGUCGAUCGAUUGAUGAAUAAUGGUUAUACAAUCGAAGUUUUAAAAUAA